CUCCGAGUCAUCCGGUCAGCUAGGACUCGUAGCUACAAAGCUGCAUACUAUAACAUGGAAGACGAUCCCUGGGGUUCUACGGCAGUGGACCCCUGGACCACUUCCAAACACGCUCAAGAGGAAGACGUCAUCUCGAAACACGAUCCUCUCAACGUCCCCAAGGAUUUUAUACUCGAGCGACGUCCCUCUGCGUCUGCGGACCCUUGGGCCACUGAACAGGCCGGAUCGAAUCUGAAUGAUGACAAUCGGGGCGAGAAGACGACGGGGAGCGAGACGGAAGGGUUGCCUCUACCUUCAGCCAGCUGGGCGGCGAAUACCGAGGACGAUGGAGGUUGGGGAACACCCGCACCUAUCGUCGAAAAGGAUGAAGUGGUGCAUUUCUCAUCCCUCGACCAGGAUCGAGCUAGAUUUGAAGUGCCAAAAUCGUAUGCUCAGCCCAAUGCUGAUCAAGUGGGACCUGUCGACAGCGAGGUUCAGGAGGGAGGACUGUCAGUCUCGACACCUGCGCUUCCCGUCAUCGACCAGGACUCGGACGGCUUUCGAUCGCCUUCACCGCCUAUCGUAGCCCCCGCCGAAUAUGCCGAAUCAGAUGAGCCGCCCUUCAAGAACUUCCCCGCCGACGAUGAGGACCUCGACAUCCCCGCCUUUCCUGCCACCCCGUCUCCCUUACCUACCUUUCGCACGUCGAUACCUGAAUCCCCUUCGUUCGGGGAUGACGCAUUCGGAGGCUUCUCUGGAGGGUUGGACGAUCCUGCUCCGAUGCCGGCUUGGGAACCCGCACAUAAAGAUGACGAUGAUGGCUGGGGGAGUCCAAAUUUCUGUUCUCCAGACUUGCAAGUGGGAGCAUCUGGUCGGGUCGCGGUGGAUGCCUGGGGUGAGGAAAGAGAGGUAGAGGAGGGGGUAACACCGGUUGGUCAGACUAGAGAUCAGCAGGAGGAUGAAUGGGAUCGAGCGAGGAAAGCGAUCGAACGGAGGGAAGCUGUUGCUCCUACAGAGCUCAUCGCAAGAUUGGAAAGAGAAUGGAGACAAAUAGCCCGGGAAUGCUACGGCUCUAAGGGUACUAGUGCAGAGCAGAACCACAGCGAUGAGGAUGCAGGUUUGAGCCAAGAUGUUAUCGAUGCACGGGAUCAGCUCGCUCGUGAACUCGGUUCGAUGCCGCCAGAAAUCGACACUUUCCAGCACAACCUCGCCAUGAGCAUGACAUGGGCGCGGUAUCAAGACGCCUUGACCCAAAUAAACCUGGAUACAAGGACAUCGGUUCUGGCACUCGUCAGCAGGCAAUCCGCUACGAGGGCAGCGAGGAGGUCGUCUUCAGAGUGGCAGAAGGAGUUUCAGAGUCGGAACAGGGUCGACGAUUCUCAAGCUAUCAAAGACGCACAAGCUAAUGUUCAUGCUGAAGAGGCUCGUCCGAAAUGGAGUUUCUGGGGUAGGCGUCAAUCCACGCAGGUGGUACCGCUAGUGACUAGUGGAGGGGGAAUACUAGAGGUCAAAGCCCUCUCACCCAGCAAUACUGGAAACGCCAGCCUGCAGUCUGGGUCAAAGACGCCUCUACCUGUUACGCAGCAAAUCACCUCGCCCAUGUCUACUGGAGCGACCCCCUCGAUCAAUAGUCCGAUUGCGGUGACUACCACCUCUUCGCUGCCUGGCUCUGUCGCACCUCUUGCUGCACAGGAGCAGCCUGCCGAGCCCGCACCUGGAGCGGUGGGCAGAUUCUUUGGGCGAUUCCGUAGACCCAGAGCGUCCACUCCUUCGGUUGAUGUCAGCAAUCAGGAUCUCGAGCUCACAAAGGACGAUUUCUCCUUCCUCGAUCAGGUGCCGACGGCUCCGCCCGUUGCCCCUAAAGAACCGGGCAUUGGCGAUCUCUUGUCGAUAAAUGGCCCCGGUGGAAGAAGCGAACAGAUGGCGAGUCUCGAGUCGAUGCUCAGCUCAAAGCCUGUCGCUCUGCCGUCUCGAUUGGCUCCGCCCCCUAUCUCCAAAAGGACCUCUUCGGCAGCCUCUAUCCCGAAACUCGGACCUAGCAGCCGAUCGAGCUCCCAUGUUGACAUGUUUGGGGAUCUGGAUCUAUCAUCGCCAUCCCCUCCCAUUACUGCUGCCAAACCCACGACCGCUUCAAACGGUCUCUUCGAAUUGAUGGCGAGUGGGAGUAGUACUCCUCAAAGCGCCAAGCCUACGGCCCUGCCGAAAGACUUUGACUUUUUUGGAAUUCCACCUGCUGCUGGUUCCUCAAAGCCUGCACCACCGCCCGUAUCGACCUUCGUAGCUCACGCUGCUCCACCACCGAUCCCGGAGGACGACGACGACUUUGGCGACUUUGGACAGACGUUUGUCUCGGCGCCGGUUCAAGGCAAUCAGACCGACGCCAGCUUUGAUGACUUUGGCGAUUUCGGUGGUUUCGAUGCUCCCGCACCGAACAAAACUUCACAGCCAGCGAUCGUUCAACCACGUCCUCAAUCGUCCACAAUGGACCUGAGCUUCUUCGACAGCACACAAGCGAACAGAUCGACGCGACCCCCCGAGAUGAAUUUCGGGUUUACCGACACCACAGCACAUGCUGCUACACAGAACCUGGUUCAAAAGGCUGCCGAAAGACGCGGCCGCUGGCCAGCUCCCCCUUCGCCUGUACCUGAUGCAUUGUCACCCCCACCUGGCUCGAACAGCUUUUUCCCCAGGAUAGAUUCGCCUAAUACCUCGCAGCUGAAUACAUCGACGUUGUUGUCGGGACCUCCUCGGCCCGCUGUUGCGACGCCACCCAAUCACUCAGUUGCGACGCCUUUCACAUCAACGACCACGAAAGACAAACGUGCCACGCUGUCCGCUCAGGACCUGUCAUUCUUUGAUUCGUUGUAGAUGCCUGUCGUAUAUCUGUUCUGCUCAUCGUAUACCAUCCUUUGCCAGCCUGA